GUCUCACUGGACUUCAAAUAACAACAGAAGUCUAAAAUAUCUACUAGCUAGUGUUUACAUUGUCUCUCCUAUAUAUAUAUAUACGUGUGUGUGUGUAAGUGGGAGAGGAGGAAGAAGAGUGAUUGGCUUACCAACCAAAAGAAGAAAUGGAUUCUGGAGGAAGCACAACAUCACCAUCUGAGGAAGAAAUAAAGAAAAACUUGUUCAAAAGUGCCAUGGGAGGCGAUUGGGAAGAUGUGGUGAAUUUGUACAAGAAUCACCCAGAGGUUCACAAGUCCAAGAUCACUAGAUCAGGGGACACUGCGUUGCACAUAGCGAUCUCGGAUGGCAAAGAACAUAUUGUUGAACAACUAGUGAAGCUCAUGAGUUCCAAAGAGGCUCUGAAUGUGAAAAAUGAGAGAGGGAAUACCCCUCUCCAUUUUGCAGCAUCAUUGGGACAAGCAAGGAUGUGCGAGCGCAUAGCAACUAAAGACUCAAAACUAAUCGGUGUUCGCAACAAUGACAGCGAGACUCCUUUCUUCUUGGCCGCUCUCCAUGGUAACAAAGAUGCUUUUCUUCUUCUCCAUUCUAUAUGUGGCAGUAUCGAACAAGGCUACUUAAAUUGUAGAAGGAAUGAUGGUGAAACUGUUCUUCACGUUGCAAUCUAUGGAGACCAUUUUGAUUUGGCAUUUCAAAUAAUUCAUAGAUACAAAAAGCUUGUGAACUACGUGAAUGAACAAGGAUUUUCCCCUCUCCAUCUUCUUGCCAGCAAGCCUUCUGCCUUUAGGAGUGGGAGUCAUCUUGUAAGGCUUUACCGGAUUAUUUAUCAUUGUAUAUUUGUUGAUGAACUCACGGUGGAUACUGCCUAUGACCAACCUAAUGAUUCAUCGAAGCCUUCUGAAGACGCAAAGAGUCCAACCCAUCCAAAAAACAAUACUACCUAUCCAGAGAACUACAAUACCUGCAUCAACUUCUUUCAACUAGUGUCCAAGAUAUAUCGUGUACUCAUGGUUAGUGGUAGAAAAGGUUGGCAUUGCUUUAACUUUCAAAAAAAGACAAAAGAGACUGAUGAGGAAGCAUAUGCCAAAACACAAGAUAAUUCGAACCAACAAGGAUCAAGUAAUCAAACUGAUCACGGACAUCAACUGUUUCCUGUUAAUUACGACACUUGCUUUGAUACCAUCAAGUUCAUAUCAAAAGCAACGAUGAUCAUUCUCGGAAUGGGGUCUAGAGAAAUAAGGAAGAUACAGGAGAAAAAAGAGAAGCACACAUGGUCCGUCCAGAUCAUGAAUGAACUUCUCCAACGUGCCUGUACAUAUGAGUAUGAUGACAAUGGACAGAAACCCCUAAAUUUGUCAUCAUCCAAACAUGGCGAAACAACACCCUAUGCAUUCGUUGAUGGAGGCAAUAUUGGCUUCAGUACUGGCAGCAUUGACUCACCGGAGCAGAUGACACCACAGAUGCAAACGGACAACGAAGCUAACCAAAGCCAGGGAGGGGAAAGUAAUGAUCAGAAAAAUGGGGAUGCCACAGGUGGUCAAAAAAAGAAUGGUGGGGGGAAGAGGGAGACAGCCUUAUUGGUUGCGGCAAAGAAUGGCAUAACAGAAAUGGUGGAGAAAAUACUUGAACUCUUUCCAGUGGCCAUCCACGAUAUAAAUACCGAAAAAAAGAAUAUAGUUCUUCUGGCAGUGGAGAACAGACAACCACAUGUAUAUCAGCUCUUACUCGGCAGGAAAAUCAUGAGAGAGAGCGUAUUUCGGAAGGUGGACAAUGAUGGCAAUAGUGCAUUGCAUCUUGCAGCAAAGCUAGGAGAUCAUCGCCCUUGGCGUAUUCCUGGUGCUGCAUUACAAAUGCAGUGGGAGAUCAAGUGGUAUGAGUUCGUUAAAGAGUCCAUGCCUCUGCAUUUCUUUGCACGCCACAACAAGAAAUCAGAGACUCCAAGGGAUGUCUUCACAAAGUCACAUGGUAAACUCCUCAAAGAAGGGGGCGAAUGGCUCACCAGCACCUCCGAGUCGUGCUCCCUGGUAGCGGCACUCAUUGCCACAGUAGCCUUUGCCACCUCAACCACCGUGCCGGGCGGUGUCAUGGAAGGCAAAGGAACACCAACACUGGAACGCGAGACUCCAUUCAGCAUUUUCGCCAUUUCCUCGCUAAUCGCGCUCUGCUUCUCUGUCACCUCCAUGAUCAUGUUCCUCGCCAUUCUCACUUCUCGGUACCAAGAAAGAGAUUUCGGUAUAGGGUUGCCGAGGAAGCUGUUGGUGGGAUUGACAUCACUUUUCAUAGCCAUAACUGCAAUGCUAAUAUCUUUCUGUGCUGGCCACUUCUUUGUCCUUAGAGACAAGUUGAAAUAUGCCGCAUUUCCAGUAUAUUUAGUGACCUGCCUGCCAGUCACUUUUUUUGCGGCAGCCCAGUUCCCGCUCUACAUUGAUCUUAUAUGGGCUACCUUUAGAACGGUACCACAACGUAGCUACAAGGCGGUUCCUCUUUAAUUUCUUCCCUUUUUUUCUUCUCUUUUAAGUUGUUAUGAUUAAAUAUGUAUUUUCCUUCUUUCUUUGAGAUUGCAGAUGGGUGAACUUAUUUGAUAUUGGUGCAUUAUGAAUCUGUUUGAGAGCGUUCUCCUUAUUUUUAAUUUAAUUUUUCGUGAUGUUUAACAGUUAAACAAUUAAAGUCUCAUUUACAUAGCUUCAAUUUUCUUUCAAUAAAAUUUUCAAUUUUUU